AUGUCUAACUAUCUAGACUUAGAUAUGGACGAUGGGCGCAAUUUGCAGGCAGAUCAAUCAAAUCCAAAGUCUUCUGUGGUAGAAAGGCAUCACUUAUACGAACCAGCAAGAAGUGUCUCUAAACUAAAUGUUAGCGCAAACCCAAUAUAUACCCAAACGACAAAGGGAAUGAUAUCAGGAACGCCUGUCUGGCAAAACAAAAAAAUACAGUCUCCAUUUCCAUCACGUUUGCGCUCUGUUCAAGCCUCAAAAUCACCAUCACCUAUACCUGCAACGACUGCUGUUCGUAGAUUGGAAAAUAUAAAUGGGAGCAAUAACAGCAGAUUGUUUUUUGGAAAGCCAAGCAAAAUCAACAUGCAAGAUAUCAAGGUACCUUCCUACAGUAUCAAGAAAGAUUUGAUUCUUUUGAGUGAAGAUGAUGAUGAGGAAGAUCCUGAAUUAGCUAACUAUCUAAAGACGAAGUUUGAGAAUCGUGGGAGCAAGGAAAGCGACAAUAAAACACAUGUAAACCCAGCACCUCCCAAGUUCUCUUACGGCUCUUUUGGUGAUGAGGAUGAAAACGAUGGUGAAGACGACGAUGAUAUACUGAUUACUGGAUUUAACAACACUUCUUCAUUUGCAUCGAAUUCAAAUGAACCUACUUUCAGUAAAAAUCUAGUGAAAAGAGAAGGUGAGCAUCGAGAAGAUGAUAUGGAACGUAAAAGGAAAGCAGUUUUGGCUAAUAAAAGGGCCCUCGUUGAAGAACAUGCUAUCAAAGAGGCACAGUUGCAACAACAGCUUGCAAAACAAGCGAAGCAGCGGGCCAGACUUCAAGAGGAAGAGCGUGUUAACAAACUAUUAGAGAGAUAUAGUCCGAUUACGGGAUUACCACAGAAAUACCAAAUUCCUUACCCGUUCGGCGUGCAUUUCCAAGUAUCCAGCACUCCUAUAUUACCAAGUGUUAUACAUGAAUAUGAAAUACGACAGGAUAUGGCUAGUGAUCUACCAUCUGCUUUGCAUGUCACCCAAUUCAGAAAUUUGCAUUUAGGUUUAAUGUAUUCGGUUGUUCAUCGUAUCAAUAAGUUUCAAGAGUUACAUGCGACUUUAGAUACCUUUAUGAGGAAAGUUGUCGAAAUGCAAAAUAUCGUGCAGGAGAAGGCUGACAAAACAGCGGGCCAUAUAAAAGCAGAUGUCAGGUAUAAUCAAAUACUAAGGUUUUUCAAAACUCAUAAAAAGAAUUUGAGUAGGAAGAUGGGUGAGGUUGGUGAACAAAUUGAUAGAUUGAAAGAUUACCAGAAGAAAAUCUCAAAUAGAGCCAGAAAAGCUGAAAUGAAAAGACAGGAUUUAGUGUUGCAUAGGUUUUCCUCGAAAGUUGUUUUGGAAGACCCAAGAGUUUAUGAGCUUCAACCAUUAGAAAAUAGCCUUAUGGUGAAUACAAUCACUGAAAUGUACUAUUUUUCAACGAAACAACCACUGGACACUAUUAGAAAGAUGAAGUUAGUAGUUGAUUCGGUACCCACAAUCCCAAUACCUGAAUUGAAACCAUUCCUCGAUAUUCAAUCUGCCCCAGUGACGAUAGAUCUUGACAACUAUAAUACAAGCGAUGAUAAUGAUGAUGAAGUUAGAGUUAUCAAUGAAACACCAAUUAGUCAAAAUUCACUGCUUAGAUUUUCGAACGUUUACGAAAUGGAUGGUUACGGCUAUGGAAGUGCAUCUGGUGGGAGCUUGGGGGGAACAUCAAAUGAUUCCGAAGGUAUUAAAAAUCUUAUGGAGUCCAUCAAAGUUGCAGAAUUCGAGGAGGAAGGUUUAGCAAAAACCCCCGAAGACCUUUGCAUAUCAUUGCUUAAGCAUCAACGAAUUGGAUUAUCUUGGAUGCUACAAAUGGAGAAAAGUGGCAAUAAAGGAGGUAUUCUUGCAGAUGACAUGGGAUUGGGUAAAACAGUGCAGGCUAUAUCAUUAAUGUUGGCUAGCCAAUCUGACGACUCCAGACGAAAAACCAACUUGAUUGUUGGUCCUGUUUCCUUACUUCAUCAAUGGGCACAAGAAAUCAAUAUGAAAAUCCAAACCAACAAAUCAUUCAAGACGUUUAUGUUCCACUCCACCAAUAAGCUGAAAAAAUUCUCUCAACUGUCUGAAUAUGAUGUUGUUUUGGUGAGUUAUCAAACUCUUGGUUCUGAAUGGAGGAAACACUACGGUGACGAAUUGGAAGAAAAUUUUAAAAGGAAGACAAUGAAACCAAUAAGAAGAGCAGUCUCACCGUUCUACUCUGAUGACGCUGUCUUUCAUAGGAUCAUUUUAGAUGAAGCACAGUAUAUCAAGAAUAGAAACACAAUAGCAUCAAAGGCAGUGGCAUCUUUGAGCGCUAACUUCCGAUGGUGCCUAUCUGGAACACCUAUUCAAAAUAAAAUCGAUGAGUUAUAUCCGUUGAUCAGAUUCUUAGGAAUUAAACCUUACAAUGAUUGGCAAAAGUUCAACCAUCAAAUUAUUACAUCCAUUAAACAUAGAAACGCUGGUGGAACAAGGAAGGUUCACGCGUUACUGAGUGCGAUCUUAUUGAGGAGAACAAAAGAUUCGGAAAUCGAUGGUAAACCGAUUUUAACAUUACCUGAAAAGCAUAUCAUUGAGGAGAAGGUUGAGAUGGACGAAAAGGAGAAAGAAUUCUACCAAAAUCUAGAGACUCAGUCUGCAAAGAAAGCUGGCAAGUUGAUGAACUCAACUGCCAAGCGGGCAUAUUCAUCCAUUCUAACUUUAUUAUUGAGAAUGAGACAAGCUUGUGACCAUGAGUAUCUUGUCAGAUUAGGUGAUGAAGGUGACAGAGCUGGUAAAUUAGAGAGAUUAACCAAAGGGUGGGAAGCCCUUCAUGAUUAUUCGAUUAGUGUUCUCAAUAGAAUUGAAGCAGAGAGAGAAGGUGGAUUUGAAUGUUUACAUUGCCAUGAGGAUUUAGCUGAGACUGAAACAUUACUCUUGAGUAAAUGCGCCCAUCCUGUCUGUUAUGACUGCCAUCAAGAGUUUUUUGAAGAAAAUUCGGAGAGCAGCUGGGAGGGGGCAGUUUCAGCAAAGUGUCCAAUGUGUGGUAUCCAGAAUUUGUCGUCUAUGUCUGUUGAUUUACAGCUGUUUGAGGCGUUUAACCAAGGUUUAGAUUGGCAAGCUGUCCGAAGAAAGUUUGAACUUGAUUCUAAAGCAUCGGACAAAAACUGGAGAUUACAAACAAUUGAAAAGUUUAAGGAGAGGGAUGGUAAGCUUAUAGUUAGUGCCAAAAUCAAAAAGACCGUUGAAUUGAUAUCAAAAAUCAUGCAAGAGUCUCCUGGGGAAAAAAUUAUAGUAUUUUCCCAAUUCAUGGGAUAUUUUGAUGUCAUUAAAAUGAUAUUGCGUGAGCGGAACAUUGAAUUCUUACAAUAUGAUGGAUCUAUGGAUAUGACAUCAAAGAAUGAUACAGUUACGGCUUUCUACAAGGAUUCAACUAAAACAGUGUUGCUUCUUUCAUUGAAAGCGGGUAAUGUCGGUUUAACUUUAACCUGUGCUAAUCACGUCAUUGUCAGUGAGCCAUUUUGGAACCCUUAUGUAGAAAAGCAGGCGCAAGACCGUGUCCAUCGUAUCUCACAAACUAAGGAAGUCUAUGUUCAUCGGCUCUUGAUUGAUGGUACAAUUGAAGAUAGAAUUAUGGAACUACAGAAGCAGAAGGAGGAAUUGGUGGAAAGUGCUCUUGAUCCAUCUGCACGGAGUAAGAUCGGUAAAUUGAGUAGAAGAGAAUUGGGAUUUUUGUUUGGUUUGAACGGUUUGGCAGAGUUGGAAAAUGAUUAG